AAGAGGGGGCGCUAAGCGGCGAGAGAAGAGGCCAUGGACGCGCGGGUUGGGGCGCUGCUGCUGGCGCAGCUGUUGGUGCAGAUCGAAGUCGGGAGGCAGGCGUUGCAGGAUGAGGAACUGCUGCUUCCAGGUUUCCAGAACUCGUCGUUGCUCACAUGGCCUUGCGGCAAACGGAGCAUCCAGCCACGGAUAGUGGGUGGAAAGGACGCGGAGCUGGGGCGCUGGCCGUGGCAGGCCAGCCUGCGCCUCUGGGGCAGCCACCACUGCGGAGGGAGCCUGCUCAACCGCCGCUGGGUGCUCUCGGCCGCGCACUGCUUCCGAAAGGACCAGAAUCCCUCGAAGUGGACGGUCCAGUUUGGUGUGCUGACUUCCAAGCCAUCGUUAUGGAACAUAUGGGCCUACUUCCAUCGUUACAGGGUGCGGGAUAUUAUUGUAAACCCUUACUUCAAGGUGUCUUCAGUCAACGACAUUGCCCUGCUGAGGCUGGCCACCUCCGUCACCUAUAAUAAGCACAUUCAGCCCAUCUGUGUCCUGACCUCCUCCUCCGAGUUCAAGAACCGGAAUGACUGCUGGGUGACUGGCUGGGGGUACAUCAGUGAGAAGAAGAGUCUACCACAUCCCCACAGUCUCCAGGAAGUACAGGUCUCUGUCAUAAACAAAUCAAGAUGCAUGUAUCUGUUCCAUCAGCCUGAUGUGCGCAGUGACGGCGAGGAUGACGUGAUUUGUGCUGGCUUUGAGGAUGGCAAAAGGGAUGCCUGCAAAGGUGACUCAGGCGGACCCUUGGUCUGUGAAAAGAAGGACCUGUGGAUUCAGAUUGGAAUCGUGAGCUGGGGAGUGGGCUGUGGUAGGCCCAACCGGCCCGGCGUCUACACCAACGUCAGUAAUCACUUCAACUGGAUCCAGAUGGUGACAGCGCGCAGCACACCCAGGCCACAGCCCUCUCAGUUGCUGCUGCCUCUUGCUCUGCUCUGGGCUCCCCGACUCCUGUAGCUGGCCUGUGCACACCUGAGCCCGUGCGGGUGCAGUAGUUACUGCAGCGCUGGGCACAUUCAACCAGGACUAGGGGCACCCUUGUGGCAGGACUGCCUGCUGGACGAGGCUCUGGUCCCCUUCUGUCUCCUUUGUAAUAAACAU